UUUUCGCAGCGGACUUGCCUUCUCUCUCUCUCUCUCUCUCGCUUGGUAUUGCAAACAGGCGCAGCAUUAAAGGCGAGGGUUAGGCAGGGGGUUGAUUAAUGGAUGGAUGGGCGACGAAGAGUGCGUCCAUACCACCCCCCCCCCCAUUUUUGCCUCCCUUAUAUCUCUUUUCUUGCUAAUUAAUUCAAUCUCCCACCCCAUCUUUUAUUUGCAUUCCGCCCCCUACCUAAUUCACAGCAACCUAUGCAAUGACGACGUCAAUCAGCGGCGGCGGCAGUGGCGGCCAUGCGGACGAUUGGGACCGAAAAUACAAGGUCUCUGGCGACCCAGUGUUCCGCACAAGCAUAGGCGAGCUGCAGGCGCUCGGCACACAGUGGAGCAGGCAUUCCUCGGCGCCCAACGAAUUCAGCGACCUGGCCAUUGGGGCCCAGCCAGACAUAGCGGCCAAAAUCAACCCGCAGCCGGGCGCGCGGCGAAGCCUGUCGCAGCGCAGCUCUGCAGCCCCGGCGCGGCAAGCCGCCACGGGCAUGGCCAAGGCAGAGCCAGACCCAGGGCCAGGGCCAGGGCCAGACCCAGGGCCAGACCCAGGGCCAGACACAGGGCCAGACCCAGGCCCAGACCCAGACACAGGCCCAGACACAGGCCCAGACACAGCCGCACCCGCAGCCGCAGCCGCAGCCGCAGAGGCGCCCAUGGAGACCGUUGCGCAGUUCCUCGAGUGGUUCGGCAGCAUCGAGCGGCAGGUGGCCGAGGGCCAGGACCGCGAGGCCAACGCGUACGCCGCGCACCUGCGCCAGCGCACGCGCCAGGCCGGCGAGAUGCUCGGCGCGGCGCGGGACAUCGACGCAAUGCUGCAGCGCAUGCUGGCAGGGUGCCUUGCCGUGCACGCGCAGACGGCGGGCGUCCAGCGGGCGACGUCGGCCGUGCAGGCGCAGCGCGCCGGGCUGCAGCGGCUCGGCGCCGACCUCCAGGCGCACCUGGACGUGUACGACGCGCUGGCGCCGGCCACGCAGCUGCUCAACGCGCCCGGCGACGCCGUGUGCCUGGACCCCGGCUUCCUGCCCGCGCUGGAGCGCGCCGAGCGCGCGAUCGCGUUCAUCGCGCGCCACGCCGCCGCCAAGGACAGCGAGCUGUUCCUGAUGCGCUUCGAGCAGUGCCGCAUGCGCGCGCUGACGCUGAUCAAAAUCCACGCCCUGCGCGUCUUCAAGGCCGCCGGCCGCGACGCCGCAUGUGACGGCGCCACUGCCACGGCGCUGUAUGUGCGGUUCCGCCGCGGCGCCGCGCGCCUGCGGCCGCUGCUGGGCGCCCUGGCAGCGCGCGCGGCGCCCGGGUCGGUCGAGGAGGCCAUUCUGCACGACGUGGUGGCGGCGUUCUUCCGCGUGCGGCGCGCGUGCAUCCGCCCGCACAUGGCGGCGCGGCUCAAGGCGGCGCACGCCGAGCACGCGGGCGCCGCGGCCGUCGACGUGCUGCGCGACUGGUGCGCGCUGAUGAUGAACCUGUGCGCCGACGAGCGCCGCGUCUUCGCCGACUUCUUUGGCGAGGCGCUUGGCGGCGGCGCGCUGAGGGCGUACCUGGACGCGGCCAUGGUGCUGUUCCACGAGCACGUGCGGCCGAUGAUCAUCCGCGAGUCCGACGUGGCUGUGCUCGCCGGGCUGAGCCUGACGCUCCUGACGUUCCACCGGCCGGCCGAGGCCGGGGCCGGGGCCGGGGCCGGGGCCGAGGAGUGCGACGACCAGGGGCUGGAUGCCUUCUACGCCGUGGUCGACCAGAUCCUGAGCGACGCGCAGCAGCGGCUGGCGUACAAGGCGCAGUCGUUCAUCGCCGCGAGCAUUGCCGCGUACAGGCCGACGAGGCGGGACGCGGAGGCGCUGGAGCAGUGGGCGCACCUGUGUGCGCGCCUGCGGAUCUCCGACCCGGCGUACCUUGCCGGGGUGCUUUCGCGCGCGGCCACCACCGAGAGCCUCGACGGCGGCAGCGGCAGCGGCAACGACAGCGACGGCGGCGGCGGCAGCGGCAACGACAGCGACGGCGGCGGCGGCCGCGACGGGCUGUCCACGCGGUCGUCGUCCUUUGCCGAUGUGGCCAUGGCGCCGGCGCCGGCGCCGGCGUCCAUUGCCGAUGUGGCCUCGGCGGGCGAUGCUGCAGUGGCCCUGACCGAGGACCAGCUGCAGACGCUGCGCUGGGUGUACCCGCCGGUGGCCAGCUGCCGGUGGCUGGCGCGGCAGAUCGACGGGUGCCUAGACGAGAACGUCCAGCGCGGCUUGGUCGAGGAGGCCCUGGGCGCAUGCCGCCAGAGCCUGCUUGCCCACGCUGCGCGGCUGGUCGGGAGCUCCGACAGCGCCUUUGCGCAAGGAAGCCGCAGUGCUAGGAGCGAUGCGCUGCUGCUGGUGGAGCCUGAACUGCAGGCCCACUUCUUUGUCACGUAUAGCUUGAGCACGCUGGAUCAUCUGUUUGAGUAGGAUUUAUUGAUCAUGUUGAUUUGAUUUUUUGUGUGUGUGCUGGCUGUGGCUGGACUUGCUUUCUUUUCUCUUUCGCACAUAAAAGCGGGGGGGAUUUGGAUCGGACAAAUGAUAAGCUUUAUUAUUUUCUUUGCUGCUGCUGCUGCUGCUUGUAUAACUGAUUCCGGUCCCUUGAAUUGAAUUGAAUUCGAUUCAAUUUCACCUUUGCUUUUCUUAUUUUUUUAUAUUUACUCGAUCAAUUAUUUAAACAAAAAAAUAUAGUCAGCGGGAAG